AUGCACAUUACGACCGCUGGAAUCACGAAAGCUACGGAGUGUGUUCCAAUGUUAUCUGGAAGCCAGACUCGUGAUGUGGAAGAAGAUGUAGCGAAGGCGCACAUUGAUGACUUGUGUGGUAUGCAUAUGAAGCCUCGCGACGUCAUGGAAACUAUUUCGUCUACUGUAUGCUCUGCAGAGUUGUUCAGUUCGAAACGCCAGACUGAACCUGCGUUGGUUCACGCCGAAUGUCAGACCCCACCACAAGCAUCGGUUGCUCCACCAACGAAGAUGGAGAGGACGGUGGAUGGAAUGCCUGAGACUGUACAAUUUGAGCCCUCCGAGAGGGCUGGAGGAUUGGUUUCGACGUCAGUGUUGGCAUCAAGCGCCGUUGAAGAGAUGCCCGAUUUGAAGGCUUUAGGUGACUUUGAAGACACGGAUUAUGCGGCUCUGAUGCGAUCUGCAUUUAGUGGAAUUAGGCGUGCAGAUGAGGGCACUAGGUCGCUGGACGUUAGGCCUUACGAGGUAGCUUCUGUCUCCGCUAUCGCCCAGAGGCACUCAAGUGUGACGGUGUGUCAGAUCGGCCUGCAGAUGCAUCCUGGCCUCGUGGAAGCGGACGGUAAAUUGGCAUUUGAUGAAAGACAACAUCGCGAGCGUGACAGGCAAUCAACAGAUUAUUGCAAAUGCAAGCAACGAAAGCUGAGGUCAACAGCGGCGUCUACCAGCGUGAGUGUUCCCGCAUGGCAGAGGGACUUCUCAGUAGUAGUGAAGAGGGAUGGCAUGUGGAUAGGUAAAUCCAUGACGCGUAUUAACAGUUUCGACACGGAUACACAGACUGACGUGGAGAUUUGCGACACAAGAGCAGACAGUGUGCAAGAAGGUGUAGUGAGCGAGUCAGUUUGUCGAGGACCUGCGUUGGAGGCCGUCCCAAAACCGAGUGUCGACGUUGCUGGCACUGUGUCCGCCGGAAUAACGCAAACGCGAAGAACCUCCGCAAUGAAAGUCGCGGAACCAUGGCACUCGUUGCACAAGGAGACCUCACGGUCGGUGGAAGUGAAGUCGACGUCAAUAAUGACGAGCGUGAUGAUUGGUGGAGGCCACACGGGCGAGAGAGUAGAAAGGCGUGAUGAGUGGGAAGGUGCUGAAGCUGCGAGAAGACGAGUUGUCAAGUCGACGUCCACUCAAUACCAUAGCGUCGUCCAGAGCCGUGUUGGCACUAGGGUGUUUGAAGUAGGCCCAGCAAAGGACUUGGGAGCAGCGAGGAGGUUUGUCGAGUGCUUCGACGCUGGUGUGCAAGCUCAACUGCCGGCUCCCUCUCAGUUUGUUGAAGUUGAGCCUGGAAGCGUAGUAGUGAGACGUUCCAGCGCAGUGGAAUCACAGGCUCGUGGAGAAAGUGGGAGAUUUGGAACAAGGUUGGAUCAGCAUUGCUUCCCAAUUGACAGACGAGAUACUCCUAUCGACGAAUCGUUGGAUACAGCGGAUCUGGAUGUCAGAGUAGCACAUCUGACUGUCUCGCAGUCCACGCAAACAUUCCCAGCAGGUGGUGUGGACGUAUUUGCUCAUGAAGUUGACAAAGCGACGCAGAUUGUAGCGUCAGUGGCUCACUCAGAAUGUCAGACUGCA